AGGAGCGCCCGAGAGAUGAAGUCGCUGGCAUUCGCGACGGAAGGGUUCGGGGUCGAGAAGGGCAGCACAGCCGAGGAGGCCGGCGGUGAGAAAAGUGUCAUUCAGGCGUGCACCUCUGCCACCUGGCUCAAGCAGGCACUCAAGCUCUGCGUUCUCGUCGCCUGCAUGACUGCUGUCAUUUUUCAGCUCUCCGAAUGCAUAUUGAAACUGAGCUACCCGCCGUUGUCCACAAGGACGGAACUAAAGAUCAACUCAACCCUGAGCUACCCGGCGCUGACGAUUUGUCGCAAUCCGCCCUACAAAGCCAACGUGCUCAAGGACUACGGUUUGGCCAGCGAGAUUACGCACACGUCCGAGUGGGCCAAAUUUCCAUUCAACGAGACCACGCUGGCGGAAUUCUGGCAGAAAGCCACUUAUUCCGAGUCGGAGAACUUUGUCAUCUACGGCCUCGGCUCCUCUCCUAGUCACGUGGAGAUGAAAAGCACGUUUUACUUUGAGAACGGGCUGUGUCACUCUUUGAUUCCGAUCAUCUCCACAAAGGAGGUGGGCAGUUCAUCAGGCUGGUCCAUCGUUCUGAAGCACGCCGUAACCACCAAACCGGACCCUCGAACUCCGUGGAAGGUUUUCGUACACCAAGUCAACGACGCGUUUACCGAAAACACCUUGCAAAAUUUUGGCUCUCAAGAACUGAUCAUUUUGCCAAUCGGCGAGCAGUUGAACGUAAAACUAACCGUGCAGCAACUAGAGCGAAAGGACCACCCGAAAUCUGAAUGCAACCCCGACUGGCAGUACAGCGCGACAAACUGCGUGGAAAGGUGUCGGUGGCAGGAAAUUGCAGACAAGGCGGGCUGCUCGGUGCCUUGGAUGCCGGGCGUCGGCUAUCCCGAGUGCAACAACUACACGGCCAUGCGAACUGUAAUGGUCGAGUACCGCAAAAACACGGUCAGCGAGCAGUGCUCUGAGCAAUGUGGCAAGCCGUGCCACAUCACCCAAUAUUCUGCUUUUCUGGUGAAUCGAGAGACGAUAGCGACAAGUUCAGCACCGCGUUACUACAGCCAAAUGUAUGUUUUCCACACCUCAAAAAUGAUCACUUCGGUGAAAGAGCACGCCGACUACGAUUUAUCACGGUUUGUGGCCGACGCGGGCGGGUCUCUCGGGUUCCUGCUCGGCGUGUCGGUGCUCAGUUUGCUGAGCAUGCUGGGAAAAGUGCUGCAGAUUUUCACCUGCUGCGCCAAAAAAAGCACCGACGGCGGCAGCGUCAGCACCAGUCGCAGCAGCUCCAUAAACAGCGCCGUCAACAUCAUCAAGCGUUGAAACCUUCUUUAUGACCCAAAGUUAUGCUACAUAGGCACUUUCCACAAUCGUUUAAUUAAAACAAGGAAAUUGCUACAAAAAGUAUAUGUUUUAUUGUGUCUGCUUAAACUAUAAGGUAAUAAACAAAUUUUCCAAACAAUUCAUGCAAUAAAAAUUACAGAGUUUGGUUUCCUGGCCCGAAUAAAUAGUGUGCACGCGAUAAGGAAUUAAUUAACAAAAUUCAAUACAUAAUUCAACAAUAUAGGCUGUCUCGUUGGUUGGCGUUUACAUUUUUGCCUUGAGGUGUCCCAUCAACUUCUCUAGCUUCAUGGCCUUUUGAAGGUUGCCCGAAAUUUUGAGCUUGCCAGUCAUGAAAGCACUUGCGGGCUUCAGUUUGCCUGAAA